GUCCGACCGUCACAGAGGCUGCCAGCACCAGUCUCUUUGUGCCCUCCCCCUGGCUCCGUGCGCAUCCUCUCCCGGCUCGGAUCCCCCUUCACCGUCUCCCGCUCUCCGCCGGUUCAUGGAUUAUAUUGUGUCACUCCAAGUGCAGCAUCAACUGGCGGUGUUCCCCACUCACUACUACCAGGGCUAUAGCGUGGAGUUACAGAUGAAGUCUACAGAGGUGGACCAAGGGCUAUUCACAGACAGCUACUGCAAAGUGUGCAGCGCCCAGCUCAUCUCCGAGUCUCAGAGGGUCGCACACUAUGAGAGUCGGAAACACGCCAACAAAGUGCGUUUGUACUACAUGCUCCACCCAGUGGACGGAGGCUGCCCUGCCAAGAAACUACGAACAGACAAUGGCAGCGACGACGGCGACGUGGACAAGAACAAGUGCUGUACCCUGUGUAACAUGUCCUUCACAUCCGCCGUAGUGGCUCAGUCGCACUACCAAGGCAAGAUCCACGCUAAGAGGCUAAAGCUGUUACUUGGAGAGCAGCCCGCCAUCACCAACAAAGACUCCUCCCCCAGCCCGGUGAAGAGCUCCCCCGACUCCUCCCCCCUCACCUCGCCCCGGCAGAGACGCGACUCGGACCGGUACUGCCAGCUGUGCAACGCCUGGUUCAACAACCCCGGGAUGGCCCAGCAGCACUACGACGGCAAGAAGCACAACAAGAAUGCAGCCCGGGCCGACCUGCUCGAGCAGCUGGGCAAGACUCUGGACAUGGGCCAGAUGAAGGGUCUGAAGCGGAGUUACUCGUGUGAAGUGUGUGGGGUGACGUUGAACUCGGUGGCCCAGUACCAUGCACAUCUGCAGGGCUCCAAGCACCAAAACAACCUGAAGAACCAGAUUUGUGUCCAGUGAGCAGCGUCCAGCUCCGAACCACCAACACUUUUAGGAUUGAUGUCAAAAACAAGCUGCCCUGGUCCAGCUUGUCCCGCCUCCUCCUGCCUCCUCGCUCUCCUCAGCGCCACCCACGAUUCGCUGUCUCUCUCCUCACUCUGUGUUUGAACAAGAACAAAAAUCAAGACUUUUUUUUUUUAAUACACCACUGUUGCCCCUGGUGUCCAAAGUCUAUUUGUUGGAUUUUUCAAUACAAACUUUGAGACAGUCCAUCCUUCUAAAUGCAUGGACUCCACUCAACGCUCUUCACAAGAUGCUUACUGUCUAUGGGACUUUUAACUGGGUAUAUGAGGGUAGCUUUAUAACUAAUUUUGUGUUUACUUGAAUAAACAUAUUAAAUGUGUUGUUCAUUUCUAUGAGAAAUACAUUGUCUUUUGACGUGAGAUGUGCAUGUUUCAGUUUGAAGCUAUGUGCGUGCUUCAUUUUCAUUUCAAAACUUGUGUGUUUUUUUUAUUGGGUGCCACUUGGUCAUAAAAAUGGAUAUUGCAAAAAUACUUUUCAAAGGAUGUAAAUAAAAAGGCUAGCCAAGCAGGUAUAUGCAUUUAGUUUAUAAAUUUAGAAAAUAUAUAUGACAAAAUGUAACUCUUGUGAAUAAUAUAUCAUUUUUGGUCAGUCGAGUAAGUUGGACAGAAAACAUAAUAUAUUUCAUUCCUUUCGCCUCAGAGAAUUCAAAUAAAAAUAUAAAAAAUCUUGAAAUGAAAACUCUAGUGUGGACAUAGCCUCAGUGAUGGCAAUAAUGGCACUGCUUGGACCAUGCUGUACAAUGGCUUGUAGCUAUAAUAAUGUAUGUGGGCAGAUUUAUGUGUUACCUUAUCACUCUUAUAGUUAUUAAUACAAUACAGCAUUUUGCCAUGUAGUCUUACCAACCUCCUGUUCGUGGUAUUCAUAUAGGAAAGGAAAUGGAAAAUAAUACAAAAUGAAUAAAAUAUAGACAGACAAGUUCUGAGUUCCUUUAAAGACUGGAGGUCCAAAGAUGCAGCCUUGUGGUACACCGUUUUCUUUAAAGUGGAAUUAAACUCUAAAUCAACUUGUUUUGCUACUCAACUGUGUAUAUGGUAUUUUGAUAUCAGUCGCUCACUUUUUUGGGGCAAUUUUAAUGAAAACUAGCUAUAUUUGCAGCUUUGUGAUUAAAAAACGGUUAAAAACUGAGCAUGUGCUGCCUCCUGUGGCCACUGCGAUUUCUAGUACCACGUGACAUCGCGCAGGAUUGAUUAAAGUCACGUGUUUCUGAUCACAAACUCCUGGCUGCAGGGGUGGAGUUUUAGACCAAUCACACGGUUGGUUGUAUCUCCAGACCCGCCCCCUUUUCCCACCUCUAUUUGAAAUGUGAUUGUGGACCAAGUUUAGGUGUUUAGUCCCACUUUUAACUGAAAACGACAUUCUGGACUUGAAAAUACACGUUUACAAGGCCAAAUUCUUACUUGAAAUUUGUUGUUUUGUGUUAUUAACAAAAGAGUGAUGAGGUAUGCGACGUACGGAAGAGGUAUUUUAAGUAGAAUUUUCUAAAGCUUCUAUAUUUUACCGAUGUGCACAGCCUGUAAAUGGUCAGUAUUAUAGAUAAUGAAUAGGUUAUAUUGUUUUGUUUGGUCCUCAUCUCAGGGAGGUGCUGGGAAGCUACAUUCAUUCCACUGUAGAGCCUUUAAAAUAGAUAAGAGAUAAAAUAAUUGAAAAUGUUAGUUACCAUAAAGAAGUAUUGUUCAUGCGGAGUGUGUGUAUAUAAAAGUCAUCAAGCAUAACGUUGUAGCAUUCGUGUUACAUGUUGAAAUAUUAAAAGCACUGAAUUGAAUGAGUAAAAUAUUAUGGAGAACUGUUUGAUAGAUUUGCAGAUUGUUUGGUUAAUUUUAGUUCUUUGCAACAUAAAGCGAUCAGCCAUGACAAGACCUCAUGAUGAUGUUACGGAACUUUUUUUUUUGUCCGUUUGUUUAUUACAUACUAUUGUGUAAAAGAGAUAAUUUUACCUUCACUGUGGUAUUGAAAUUGGUAUUGAGUAUUUCCCUAGUAUUGAGUUUGAAAUUUUGAUAUUGUGUCAAUUCCACAGUCGGGUGAAGUAAAUAGAGCCAGUGUAGUCCUGGGAUAGACCUCGGUUAUUCCUGGUUUUGUUCAGGUUUAGUCUUUUCUGUGUCGGUAUCUAUCCAAUGUGCUUAAGACCUGGUUCGAUCCUGGGUUAGCACUGGUUUAGUCCUGGUUCAUGUCUGGUUUAGAGCAGGUCUUGCAGGGCGUUUUCAGUCUCCAGUGGUCAGUAUUAGAGAUGGUCAAGGUGUUUAUAAAGUCGUACCUGAUCAUUUUGUAUUAGGCCUAUACAUAUUUUCACUGCCUUCAUGUUUAUCUCAUCAAGUAAAGUUGUUUGAUCUGCAAAGUUCUAAAAAAAAAUGGGCUAAAAAUGUCCGACUUGGUUCUUGGGUCUUGUAUCAGAAAAAAAAAAAAACAACACACUGAAACAUUAACACCUUUACGUUCUUUAUUGGCUGAUGUCAGUGCCGCCGGAAGACGACGCCCAUUUCUAAAGAUGUGUUUUUUACAGAAUAAUUCAAAGUGCACGAAAUGAACUGUCAAAAAAAUGACUUCCCCAAAUCUCAUCUGGACAA